AUGGAAUGUUCUGGAACUCGAGGAGCAUUGAAUGGAGCAUGUAUCAAUGCACUUGCUGAGAGUAGUUUUUGGGUUGCAUAUUCAACAUUUUCAGACAAUAUGGCACACCAAUUCGGAGGUGCCAUUUAUGUCGAUGUGCCAAUAGUCAGGCCCCCAUUAUUUGAAAACAUUUCAUGUAUGAACAAUGAGGCUGGAUAUGCUGGAGGAUGUUUAUAUUUCCAUACAUCAAAACAAUUAAGGUCUGCUGAAUGGAUUGGUAACAAUAUCUACUCUCAGAAUAUUGCACAAUCUUAUGGCAAUGAUAUUGCAUCUCCUCUGUAUGGAGUGAAAUAUGAUUUACAAAUUCAAUAUCAGGAUGGCAAAAUGACCAUUUUCAAUGCAUCCUCAAAUUCCAUUCCAAAACUAGAAUUAUAUCCUGGACAAGUCAUUUCAUCCAUGCAAGUAUCGGUGUGGAAUAAUGGUCAAGAAAGAAUUCACUUUUUAGAUUCUGAAAUUUCAACAUUGAAAUUUUCAUUGAAUGAUUCUUCUUCAUGA